CCUGGCGCUACUUUCCCAUCACCACCAGCCAACAUGCCUCAACGUACCUUUCUUUGCCGACUCAUCUUCUGCGCCGUCUUCUCCGUCUCCAUCAUCAACGUCUUCACCGGGGCCAGCGCCCCUUCAUUCUUUCUUCGCUAUUCCAAACCCCAGGCUCUGGCUCACCAAGAUCAACUCGUUUGUCCCCAAUCCGAUCUCGCCGAAGACGUUCUCGUCGUGCUGCGGACAGGCGCCACCGAGUCGCGCCAGAAGCUCCCGGUCCACUUCAAGACCACCCUGCGAUGUGUUCCCAACUUCGUCAUCAUGUCCGAUAUGGACGAGGAAGUCGAAGGCCAUGCUGUGCAUGAUGUUUUGGGAAGUGUCACCACCGAGCGCAAAAAGCAGCACGAAGAUUUCAAACUGUACCACCAAUUGCAAUCCCAGGGGCGAAAGGGCCUCGACGGCCAGCAGGUCCUCACCUCCCAGUCCGGUUCUUCCAAGGGCGACUAUUUGAACACGCAAAAUCCAGGUUGGGGACUGGAUAAGUGGAAGUUUCUUCCCAUGAUUGACGAAGCCUACAAACAAAACCCGUCCGCCAAGUGGUUUGUUUUCAUCGAAACCGACACAUAUCUUGGCUGGCACAACCUCCUCGACUAUCUUAGCAACUUCGACCCCAACAAGCCGUAUUACAUUGGCAAGCAUCUUUACAUCAACGAUGUCGAGUUCGGCUACGGUGGCGCCGGCUUCAUCAUCUCCAACCCAGCCAUGCGCAAGGUCAUUGAGCAACGCUCCCUGCGCAUCGCCGACUACGAAGAGUUCACGGCAACGCACUGGGUAGGUGACUGCGCCCUCGGCAAGGUCAUGGAGGAUGCGAAGAUCCCUUUGCACCGUGCCUUCCCGCACCUGCAGGGCGAUUCGCCUGCGACCAUGGAUCCCGCCACCAGCAAGCUCGAUCGUGACGCAUGGUGUUACCCCGUAAUCACGUACCACCACGUUUCACCCUCGGAAAUCCAAGACCUGUGGCAGUUUGAGCAAUCAUGGUAUAGCAAGCACCCCGGGUUCCUGCGCCACCGCGACAUCUUCCGCGGGUACGUGUACCCCAAGAUCGCCGCCGCCGUCCCCAACUGGGACAACAUGUCGGCCGACAAGGAGUUCAACGCGCACGAUCAUAGCAGCUCCGCCGACCCCUACGAAAGCAACGCUUGGAAGUCUUUCCAGCAUUGCCACGCCGUCUGCGAAAGCAAAAAGGACUGCGUGCAGUUCUCGUACGAAUCCGGCAGCUGCAGCAUCUCAAACUCUUUCCGGUGGGGGUACGCCAAGCCGAAUGAACGUGUGCAGUCGGGGUGGAUGACGGACCGCGUCGACGACCUCUUCCUGCGCUUGGAAGGCAAGUGUGGCAUCAUCGAUUGGUUUGCGCCGGAUGAGCCCAUGUCCAAGUUGCAGAGGCGGCGGAAGCGGUGAACUUCUCCCCCGGUUUCUCGGACGAUGAUUGAUUGAUGAUUUGCCUUGAACUAUUGAGGCUGUUCCUUCGCUUUUUCCUUGUUUACUUUUCUUGCUUAUUCUUUUUCCCCCUUUCUCCCUCUGGAGUGGAAAGGCAUGGCUUGAAGGUCAUUACACGUGCAGCAUUUGGUCGGCGUUUUUUGUUAUCCAUGUUUCCUCUACACAUCUAUCAUCUCAUCACAUUGGUCGUCGUCGGGCCUCCCACGUCGAUCCUUGUUUUGUCUUUUUUUUUCAAAGAGACGUCACGUAUCUCCUCGCGUUCUACAGUACGUCGAGUCUUGCAGAACGGACUGUCCUCAUCUCAUUUCAUUCACUCCCAAUUCCUCUAUCCUUGCAUUGCAUGUCUGUUCGCUUCUUGUCUGUUUUUUUGCCCCCCCUUUUUUAUUUUCUUGGUUCUUUGCAUGUUAGAUUAGAUACCCCCCAACCCCCAAACCUUCCUCACACUCGCUUUUUUCUCGUUUUUGCGGCAUAUCAGAUUCAAUCAGGGAUAAUAUGCGCAGCACAUUGGUUCUGUCAAGGGAAGAAAACCCGAAAAAAAAUAUCAAUAAAUACAGAUCGAACAGAAAACCGGGAGAGAGAAAGUGAGAGAGGUGCUGUUGUAUAUAUAGGCUUUGGAUUUAUUUCGCUGGCCUCUACCUCCUGAGUCAGACGAAGAUAAAUCUAGAAAUGCAAAUGGCGAACCAAAUAUGUGAAUAAGAUCCUUUAAGAGAGCGUCUUUAUCUCACUCACUCUCUCUCUCUCUCUCUCUUUGCAAGUGAUAUAGGUAACUGCGACAGUAACCUUUAUGUGCAGGAAUCUUGUUACUUGAUGGAAACGCUAUGUAUUAGGUGCCCUGCAAUGUUGAACUUGAGAGAGGAUCUGUUGUUUUUAAUCUUAGGUUUUUACGAGUCAAGCUUU